AUGGCAUCAUCGUGGAUCCGCACUUUGGCUUCCAGCCUUCUUUCAGCUAUGAUGAUCAUUAGCUUUGUUACUGCAAAAGAAGAUCUUGAAUUGCGGCCCUUCAAGAUUGACCUCUCUGACAGAGUUCCUCGAAUGGUCCGUCAGAUUCGUGAAGCUCGCCUUCCCGAAGCUCCGGUGUAUACAGACACUGGGACAUCUGCAGGCAUCACCCUGAGUGACCUGAAGUCCUUGCAGCAACAAUGGUUAACAAGCUUUGACUGGAAUAAAGAGCAAAUCUCCUUGAACAAGUUCAGCCACUAUACAGUAAAGAUCGAAGAUUUAACCGUGCAUUUCAUCCAUCAAAAGUCCGGCGCAGCAGACGCUAUUCCUUUGCUCCUUAUUCAUGGAUGGCCAGGUUCCUUUCUUGAAUUUAUUCCUUUGAUCGACGAUCUUAGCCAGACGGGAGCAACAAAGUCAGGAAAGCGUGUUUCAUUUGAUGUCAUUGUGCCGUCUCUACCAGGGUUCGCUUUCUCCUCCCCCCGCCAACAGAUUGGACCAUUGCAGACACAGCUCGGAUUUGCAAUACUCUCGUAA